UUUGCUACUUGGGCAGAGGUAAGGUUCUGGUUUGAUUUUGGGAAGCUUCAAAUUGGUGGCUCUGGAGUUGUGAUUGUCUGGUGUUCUUCUUCGAAGUUCGAACUACAGGUCGGUCUUCUUGUGGGAUAUAGCCGGUCUGAGUGUGAGUGCUUCAAUCUGUACAAGGAGCUAGUUCCUUACCGGCAAGCUUGGUCUUGGCAGAAGAGCAUUGUCAAGGAGAAAAAAGCUCUGAUUGAGAGGAAUCAGGACUGCCCGGACUCGCUGUUUGUUCUUCAGCAUCCUCCUGUUUAUACAAUGGGCACCGGUAGCUCAGAAAAGUUCCUCAAUUUUGACCUCAAGGAUGCUCCAUUUGAUGUUCUUCGGACCGAACGCGGCGGCGAGGUUACAUAUCACGGUCCUGGUCAGAUAGUAAUGUACCCCAUUAUGAAUCUCCGAAAUCACAAAAUGGAUCUUCAUUGGUACCUCAGGUCACUUGAGGAGGUGAUCAUUCGUGCUCUUUCAAAGACAUUUUCGAUCAAGGCAUCUCGACUUGAGGGCUUAAUUGGUGUUUGGCAUGGAAACCAGAAACUGGCAGCCAUUGGUAUACGAGUGUCUCAGUGGAUAGCUUAUCACGGUUUGGCACUGAACGUAACCACAGAUUUAACUCCUUUUUGUUGGAUAGUACCGUGUGGUUUACAAAACUAUCAGGUUGGAAGCAUUAGAGGGUUGUUGGGGGAGUUCGAGUCAUUUGACAAUAGUAGUAGAAAACAGCUACCAGGUCCUGAUGAUGGCCAGCUACUUGAUAUUGCUUGUAAAUCUUUGAUCAAUGAGUUUUCAGAAGUUUUUCAGGUUGGAAUCAAUUAUGAAACCAUCUCGAGGUUAGAGUUUUUAGAAAGUGAACCGGUAAAGCCUCUAAAAGAGGAAGUAAUUUAGUUGUGGGGUUCAGGUCAACAUUUCUAAUUGCUGGUGUGAAGCAGAUCUUAACACUCUUGAACAUUUUCAUUUCCAAUCUGUUCCUAGAGGAGUAGGUCAUGUCACCAAACAGAAUUUGUGAGCAACAACAGUAAGGGCAAUGGUGUCAGCCUCAGAAACCCUGCCAUUAGCCUUCAAAUUGUCACGACCGCCAGUUUCAUUUCGGUUCACUUCAGCCCGUUGCUUUUCUAGCACAAAAGUAUAGAACACUUGUUUCGCAUUGAAUGUUUCAAAUGCGACAAAAGUGAGCAGCAAAGAUAACAUUACUUUUUCGUCCUUUUGAUCUCUUGGAAACUAGAUUGCAUUGUCAAACCUGUGAGAUUUGGAACCCUUUUGAACAAGUUUGAGUUACUGAGCUGUUUUCAAAAGAAUUUAGGUGUAUCAUCAUGUAGUAUGUGUAUUUUGACAUUAGUCGAAUUGAAGUGGAGUCUGUAAUUUUACAUAUUUAAACUUUUUUAAGUAACAUUUUGAUGAUUGAUUA